UGGAGGGCACGUAUUAUUGAAGUGAUCGCCUGUCCCUAUCCGUUCUGUUUUUUUCUUCUAGAUUAAAGUGCGCGCCAAAUUUGAAUUUAAAUAGCCAAAAAAGAAAAUCAUCAUGGAAGUGGGUGCGGUGCUUUCGAACGUGACGACAUCGGAUGAGGACAAAAAUUCAACGGAAGAGAUCCGUUUCGUGUUGAAAGGAGACGACGGCAAUCCGAUUUUAGCACUCGUGUUGUUCUCCUUUUGUUUGGCCACCAUCCUGGGCAACGCCUUGGUCAUCGCGGCCGUUGCACGCGAACGCUACCUGCACACGGUGACCAAUUACUUCAUCACGUCGCUGGCCGUGGCCGAUUGUUUGGUCGGCUCCAUCGUCAUGCCCUUCAGCGCCGCCGUCGAAAUGCAAUCCGACCGGCAAUGGCUUUUCGGACGCGAUCUCUGUGAUGUUUGGCAUUCGUUCGACGUGUUGGCCAGCACCGCAUCUAUCCUCAAUCUCUGCGUCAUCUCCAUGGAUCGUUAUUGGGCAAUCACGGAUCCUUUCACUUAUCCGGGCCGGAUGACUCCCAAACGAGCCGCUUGUUUCAUUGCGCUCGUUUGGGUGUGUUCCAGUCUCAUCAGUUUCCCAGCCAUCGCCUGGUGGAGAGCGGUGGCCGUCGUCGAGGACAGACCUGUCGUCGUGGAACACUGCGUCUUCACCGAUGACAUAGGCUAUCUCGUCUUUUCAUCCACCGUCUCUUUCUACGGGCCACUCUCCGUCAUGGUCUUCACAUACUAUCGCAUCUACCGGGCAGCCGUGGCUCAAUCGCGCUCGCUCCGCCUCGGCAUCAAGCAGGUCGCAAUGUCCUCAACAGGCGAAUCGGCUAAAGGCGGAGUGGGAACGGCCGAAACGAUGGAAUUAUUAACAUUGCGGAUCCAUCGAGGGGGACGCGUCGCUUCCGACAAUCGACGAUGCGCGGCGGCGGCCGCUCUUCUAACUUAUCAAGCGGCCGGUCGUCAUUCAUUGGCCUUGAAACCAUCGCCUACGUCCGCGCGCAAUAACGUUUUAGAAAUACCAGAAACAUCUGAACAAGCUCAUCAAACCAUCGAUCGCUGUCAUUCGCCUGCGGAUGCACCGAUCGCAACGCUAACCGUUUCAUCGUCGGUGGAUGGCGACGGAAACGGGCGGCUACCCAUCGCCAAAAUGAAUUUGAGUCGGAAAUUAGCAAAAAUCGCAAAGGAACGCAAAGCAGCCAAGACGCUGGGGAUCGUGAUGGGCGUGUUCAUCGCCUGCUGGUUGCCUUUCUUCGUCACUAAUUUGCUAUCAGCUUUCUGUCAGUCGUGCAUCCACAAUCCGGAACGCGUCGUCACCGUCGUCACCUGGCUCGGAUGGAUCAAUUCGGGCAUGAACCCCGUCAUCUACGCCUGUUGGUCUCGCGAUUUCAGGAGGGCAUUUGCAAGAAUUCUGUGCGGAUGCUGUCCACGCUUGUUCCAUCGCUGGAAGAGGCACAGCGCGAAAUCCGGGAGCAACAAUACGAUAAACCAGCAUCUUGUCGGAUCAAACAGCCGAUCUCACGUUACACCGAGCAACUCGCAACUCAGUCAGAUGACUGUUAGUCCCAGUUUUACGUCAUUGUGUCAUCAUUCGACCUCUUUCCCCAUGUGAUCCCUCUCUUUAUCCAAUGAUUUCCCUUCAAUGAUUGAACGUUCCAUUUGGUGUUUGAAAAAGAAACCUCCCCCCUUUGUGGAGUCGAUG